AUGCAGUUCUUCCUCCACCACCACCAAGAUGAGCGGAGGAGAAAUCAGAAGCCCAGCCUCUUACACACCCUUUGCAGUGGCUCCUACCUCAAUGUGGAGGAAACCUCCUGCUGGUUCCAGAUCAAGGUGAAAGCAGCCUGGCAGCACAACAGCUUCCACCUCAAGUAGCUGCAGCUCUGCACCCGUAUACUGGUGGGCACAGACUUUUCCACCCAUGCCUUGAAGACAGCUGUGAUGCAACUCCUGGUUACCAUACCCCUAUCAAGCUGGCACAGGAGGAAUUUCCUGCUGCUGCAGGAUGAUAGCCUGAGGCAGAUGUGCUGCUGCCUGGAGGAGAAACACUUCCACCACCUCCUCUUCAGCAAGAAGAUGGUGCCUGAGGAGAUGGUCUUGUCUCUGGCCUUCUGCAUGGCCAGCCUGCUCAACCUAUCCCAGCGCCUGAUGCAGGAGCCAGCUGCCCAUGCCCAAGCACUACAUGAGUUCAAGGAGUUGCAAGAUUGGCCCACAAGGCUGCUGAUCUCCAGAUAUUGA